ACCAGAAAGCAACAACUGUCGCUAAAGUUUUGGUUAAGGAUUGGUUUUUGAAACUAGGGAUACCAAAACGGUUACACAGUGAUCAGGGUAGGAAUUUUGAGGGUGUAGUGAUACGUGAACUCUGUAGAAUAUAUGACAUUAAAAAAUCACGGACAACACCGUACAAACCAGAAGGAAACGCCCAAACUGAGAGAUUUAAUAGGACAAUGCAUGACAGAUUAAGAACAUUAAUGCCCGAAAAGAAAGCUAAAUGGCCUGAGUAUCUGCCAGAACUAACUUUCAUGUACAAUGCAACACCGCAUUCUUCAACUGGAUAUACUCCAUAUUUCCUGAUGUUUGGUCAUGAGCCAAGACUCCCUAUUGACAAUCUUUUUCAUAAUGAUAUGACGGAAAUAGACACCGAUUUAGAUAUUUAUUUAGCUAAUCAUCAAAAGCGAAUGACUGAAGCCUUGAAGACAGCUAAUGAGAACAUUCACAAGAAAGCGAGUGAAAGACAAGAAGUUAUGAAUAGAGGAACAGAUGACAAGACUAUAGAAAUUGGUUCGAACAUCUUAUUGAAGAAACAUGUACAGGGACGAAACAAAAUGCAGGACAAUUGGCAUCCAACACCGUACAGAGUUGUUCACCGUUUUAAAGACAAUGUGUAUGGGAUUCAGUUAGCGGAUGGUAGUGGUCCCGUUAGGAAUGUCACUAGAAGAGAAAUAUGUGACACAGGAAAAUUAGACAUGAUGCAAAACUCAAGUUCAGAUAUUACUGAGGACAGUAAUUCGAGUUUUGGAGGAUGGAAUGUGACCAUUGUUGACCCGAUUCCGUUACCAAUUCAAAUAGAACAUCAGGAAUCUGGCGAAGAUGAACAAGAUGUUACAACAGCUAGCAUAGAUAUGACACCACCGGUAGAUGAUGACAAUUCAAGAAGGAGAUCAAAACGAACAAACGCUGGAAAACAUUCAAAUCCUUUUAACUUGCCAACGUCUGUCUUGUUAAAAGAAGCAUCUGUUCAUGCAAACAUAGAACCAGUGAAAUUUGAACAAUUGGGUGAAGCAAUUGCUGCAUUAGGAACUAGUCUUGGACAGAGUUUAGGACAAACGCUUCAAGAAGGAUGGUUAAAGCAUAAUAUGUCAAACAAUUAGAUUUAUGUUGAAAAAUGUUAAUUUUGAGAGAAAGUAUAUUUUAUGUGUAUAGUCAAACGAUCACAAUAUUUUUAUGCUAGAUCAUUAUAAUAACAAAGAUAAUGAUAUUGAAUAUGUAGUUGUGUAUUUUUAUAUUGUUUGUUGAGGGCAACAAAAAGAAAACUAGGCAGAUUUGUAACAUGUCAAAAAUUACAUUCGAAACUUUUUAGUUAUCUCUCUUUGUAUAGAGUUCAGCAAUUGAAGUUUUGUAAUAUGUCAAAAACUACAUUAGAAGUUUUUGAGUUAUCUCUCUUUGUAUAGAGUUCAGCAAUUGAAGUAAAAUUUGGAAAUUAAAUAAAAUUAAGAAAAAACAGAAAAGAUAAUUUUUAUAUUAGCAUUUAUAUAUUUUAUUAAAUCAUAUUUAUGAUACAGUUUGAUUAUUUUGUCCAAAUAUUAUUUAAAGGUAUUUCAAAAUAUUAUUUACUUCAUUCUAGUAAUUAGUGUACAGGUAAAAACUGUUCACUACAUUGUAUGUUUUUACUAUUGAUAAAUAACUGAUCGACAGGUGUAGUUGUGUCUCAGUUUUGUGAACAAGAAUAUUUGAAGAUUUAAGGUAGAUCUAUGUGUUUUUCCUACUAGAGGAUGAUAUUUUGAGGUGAAACUGUCUACCAUUUCCUUAUUUAGGGUAUGUAUUUUGAAUUGUAAUUAUGUGCCCUUGAUUGAUAUUAUGAUUAUGUUUAGUUAAUUUUUGAUAUUUCUAAUUGAAACAUUAUUGAUUAUUCAUAAAAAAAAUGUUGUUUACUUUGAAGACUUUCUCUUGUGUUCAUAUUUUGAUUUGAGAAAUGUUAAGAAUUGUAAUAUUCAGAAAGGGAGAUAAUCGUGUUCUUAUAGCUUUUAUAUAGCUUUGGAUAAAUUAAUAGUUCUGAUGUAUUUAAUUGAUAUUUGAAAAAGCAAUCUUUAUUUCAAGUUAAAUUUAAUUGAAUUUAUAUCUGCAUAUUAAUAGACUUAUGAUGUUUUGUGUUUUUCCAUUUUUUUCACAAAUAUUGAACUAUUCAGCGUUGCCAAUAAUUAAUGUUAUUUUUCGAUAUAUGUAUAAUGUGAAUAUAUGAAUACAGUACAAUAAAUUCAUGAACCUUA